AGCAACAAUCAUCAACUCAAUUGCACGGGAUUUCUUUACUUUUAGAGACUUUGUGAAUUUUCUUUGCCUGUUGGAGGGAGUUUCUGUGAUCGAACAUAAAGUUGAACGCACGCAGAUUGUAAUCAAUGCACCCAAGUGUUUGAUUUUAGUUUGUGCCCGUGGAGAAGCCUUCCCGAUAUGGGAGGUAUAUCUUAUCAGUUUUGCGCAUUGACUGGCACACGGUGUUUUUAUCUAUCGUAGCUUUUUAUUCGUAUUUUUUUGUAAUUUUAUUUAUGUACUAUGAGGCGAAUGUGGGAAAUCGCAUCGCGCUGCUUCGAAGCUCUCAGUUCGAAGGUGUUCGUUUGAUAAAUCAGAGUGUGGAAGCUCUGUGUGAAUUUCCAACGCGGUAGUUAUUUAUUAAAAUGAAUAAAUUGCUGCUUUUGUGCCUUCUGUGCAUAUCAUUCGCAAUUACUGCAGUUAAUUGUGAUUUGUGCAGUGUCUGUAAGUGCGAGAAGAAUGAAGAUUUUCUUCGGAUCUUCUGCAAUGGAACAUCAGGAAAUCGGACAAUUGAACUGGAUAACAUUGCAUGGCCAUCGGCGAAGAAGAUUGAGGCGCAUUUCAAUCAUUUAGGAUUGACUUUCUUGCCAAAAUUAACUGGGGACGCCAAUGUGGUUGGCCUCAAUUUCGACAACAAUGCCAUCACAAUGUUCACCCCAGAGCCGUUGCAGUUCUUCAAGAAUCUGGAAAAAAUUUCCCUGGCCAGCAAUCAACUCACCAAAAUUCCCAAAGCCUUCAUUCGCACCUCAUCGCAGGUGAAACACCUCAAUCUCUCCCACAAUUCCCUCGAGGAUAUCGACACCACCGUCUUUGAGUACUUCCAGCAACUUCGUACGUUGGAUCUCAGCCACAAUCAACUUCGUAAAAUCUCCACUGAGCUCCUGGCUUCACUCACGAGUGUGGAGGUGCUAAAUCUCGAGGGCAAUUUAAUAUUUGAUAUUGAGGACCUCGACGGUGACAGCCAAGACAGUGACGAGGGCACAAGGAACCGAACGCUGAGCAUAAAGGAGUUAAAUCUGUCCAAGAAUAAUUUUGCAGUCAUAACGGGGAAAACUUUUGCAGACUUUGAUAAAUUAGAGCAGCUGGACGUUUCGCGGAAUAAGAUUGGGAAUGUGAAUCAGAAGGCAUUUAAGAAUAUGAAGAAUCUGCGCUGGGUGGAUCUUUCAGAGAAUACCAUUGAGGACCUGCACCUACAUCUCCCGGAUUCAGUGGAGAUUUUCCGUGCACGUGCUAAUGGACUGCGGAGGUGGCCACUCACGCAACUCCCGGAAGCCAUUAAGGAGAUUCACGUGGAAAAUAAUCGCCUCAUUGAGCUCUUCACAGCUGCAGAUGCAUCGUCAAAGUUAACCUUUCUCAAUGCCUCAGACAAUCUCAUUGAAUUCCUCCCAGACCACGUAGCCCUGCCCGAGUUGACUGUGCUGGAUUUGAGCUUCAACCAAUUGACCUCUGUGCCCCAGGGAAUGUCAAUCAGAACCCCCGCCCUGCACAUCCUCAUCCUCGACCACAAUCCCAUCGAGACAAUCCUCUUUGUCGACCAAAUCACCGUCGCCAAUCUCUCCCUAAGCAAUAUGCCCAACAUCAGAGCGCUCGAUGCAAAAGCUCUCUCAGCUGUCCGUGGCAGGAUCCCUCAGGAAAACCGCACCUGUGUCUCCAUUUCCAUCUCCCGGUGCCCCCUCCUCACGGACAUUCACGAGCAGGCAUUUCAGGGAGUUGAUCUCUGUAAGCUCGAUUUGAGUGGGAAUAACAUCUCAAAAAUCCCUGAAAACCUCACAGAUUGGUCAAAACUCGUUGAUGGGAUUGAUCUUCAGGACAACCCCUUGGAUUGCUCGUGCAGUGCUCAAUGGAUGCUGGAAGAAAUAUUGAAUUUCCUCUACAAGAAUCCAGAGCAUCAGCACUACCUCACUGAGCUCCGUUGCGCUACUCCGGGAUCUUUUGCAGGACAGAGAAUUGUUCGUUACUACCGAAGACGACGAGCUUUCUGUCAUCCCAAUGAGCGCAUAAUGCUGCGAUCUUCACUGGAUGGUCCAGUUGAGGCUGGAUUCAGCAUUCACCUGAAGAAGGGGCAAUCAUCAGUGCCAAUUAUUAUUGGAGCUUCCAUAUUCAUUCUUCUCGCCCUCGUGGCGGCUGGCUUCUACAUGGUGCGUGAGGAGAAACGAAGACUCCGGAGGAACCGGGAGAGGCGAUUAUUCGAUGAGAUUCAGUAGAGAAUCCCAGAAAUGUCCCAAAAAUUAAUUCUUUGUAAAUAUUUAGUUUAGUUUUUAAUAAAAAAGUACGAUUUAUUGUAGAAUAA